CACCAGCGCGCGGUCCCGAUAACAAUCGCUCCAUGCGCGCCCUCCCCGCCUCUACUGUCUUUUGCAAUCCCAAGCCGCACAGCACCAAAGGCACCACCCUUACCUUCUCAAAUCAAAUCAUACGCCCGACCAUUCUCACCCGCAACCAAACUCCACAAUGCCCGCCGACCCCAAUCCCGCAAAUGCAAGUAUAUCGCACCGCACGUACUUCUACCCGCUACCGCACCCACUGCCGCCAGGAACGCCUAUUCCGUACUCCGCAGGCCUGCCCUCCCAGAACCCGCUCGACCUUCCCGCAACGCCCGUCGAGCCCACGUCCUCGCUCGUCCUGACCAGCACGACCAAGCAGUUCAUCGACGUCCGGGUGUUCAAGCCAAUUCUGGAGGAGGACCCGGAGUUGCCUAAUGAGGGGGGUCCGAGGGCAAGACUCGACUGGGCCUUCGCCGGCACCUCAUACUCCGUUCCCAUCCCAGACCCAUACCCCCACGGCGUCACCGAGCACGCUGCCACCGCAUCCCGCCACGCAGAGCACCACCGCGCCUGGCCCGCGCCCAUCACCCACGCCACCUGGACCCACUGGCUCGACAGCCGGCAUCCCAUCUCCUCAUCCCCUACCGGCAUGCCAAAAGACGAGGGCACUAUGUUCCCGCUGAGUGCUACCCAAACGCUGGAGUUCGGCGAAGGGAUUAAUCCGGCCACAGGGAAGAUGUGGGCGUAUGAGGAGCUGUGGACAGAUGAGGCACCGCGGGCGGCGCCAACGAGGGAGGAAGCAGACCCGCUGGUGUACUCGAUUGUGCUGCGGUGCGAGGAUGAGGCGCACGAUGUGCGGGGCGUGGUAAUGCGGCUGGGGAGGUACUGCCAGGGUAUCUUGAUGAAGGGGGGUUAUGUGAGCGUGGAGCGGUGGGAGUGGGUGGUUGAAGAUGGGCUGGACAAGGAGGUCGGUGGGUGGAAGCGCAGCGUCCGCAUCGGCGACCAGUUUCUCCCGUGCGCCCCCACCUUCACUCCCGCGGUUCUCAGUGUCGGCGGUAAGGUACGGUACUGGGACUACGAGUGGGUUUGUGAGGAGAAGGUCGCGUGGAGGGAAGGUCCGGGUGCUACGGAGGCAGGGGUCAGAGAAAGGCAGGAAUGAGGCCUUGGGGCUGGGAUGGGGGAGAGAUAAGACGUGCAGUCUACUAGGUGCGCGAUUCGUUGGAAGCAAAGGGUUGGGUAUGGACAGGAUCGAAAUGGGUUCUUGAAUGGGAAUAGGAGGGGACGUGUGCGAUCUACCUGCCUCUCCGCACUGAACAUACCAAGAUGACACAAAAUAGAGUCGUCAAUAUACUUCUACUCC